AUAUUAAGGCAUUCACAGGCACAGUUUUGCAUUCAGUAACUACCAGCUUUUCAAAGCUUAGUUGCGUUGUUUUUUCCUUUUUUGUCUCAUUAAGUGAGAUAUUAUUUAUUUGUCUACAAACGGAUAUUUUCGUCAGAUUUGAGCAGUAAUCAAUAAGCAUGGAGCAUAUUAAGAAGAAAAUGUUGGCUAUGAAGUUGGACAAAGAGAAUGCCGUAGAUGAGGCCGACCAACUGGAGGCAAAAUUACGUGAAAAAGAGUUGGAAAUGCAAACAAAAGAUGAAGAGGCUGCUGAAGUAGUCAAAAAGAUUCAACAAAUUGAUACUGACAAAGAGACUGCACAAACUCAACUGGUUGAAACAAACACAAAAUUAGAAGAAACAGAGAAAAGAGCAAGUGAGAAGAAUCAAACUCACACAGAAAACAUUUUGGCAAUGGAAAAAUUAUCAGAAUUUAAUCCAGAAGCUGCAAUUUGCUGCAAAUUCAAAGAAUUCCUAGAGGAAACAGUAGCUGUGGCAUCAACACGAAGUCGAUUGCAAGGAACUAUGUACCAGAAAUAUAAAAAGUUUAGGAAGAAAACGACCAAGAGAGAGCCAGAAAGAUCAAGCUUUCAUUCGAACCCCUAUAACUGGAGGUUUUGCAGUGAAAACAAUGGAUCGAAUGAACAUGGGACAGAUUCCUUAGACUUAUUAGGUCCUAGAUUGGAACCUGAGGGACAGGAGCAAGAUGUAUUGAGCAGACACUCAGAACGUCGAAGCGAUCUGUUUGAACAGUCUACCGAACUGCUGUAUUCAGACUAUGGGAGCCAAAGUGAUGAGGAUGAAUAUAUUGAACGGAGACGCAAUUCGAUUGUCGUUGAUGAUGACACUGCUAUGGAUGAAGCGUUAUCAGCUGUUUACCUCAAUUCAGGAACCCUUAUCAAAUUGGCCAUCAUCGGUGUUGAACUACAAAAUGUUGUCAAAGUUUCCUUACGAAAGGCAGAAACAGAAGUCUCAGCAUUACAAAAACGUAUCCGGCAACUAGAGGAUGAAUUGGAAUCGACGGAAACACGGCUCCAAGAAGCAACCUUAAAGCUCGAAGAGGCUAGCAAAGCUGCUGAUGAAAGUGACCGUGGUCGUAAAGUGCUGGAGAAUCGUACUAUCGCAGAUGAAGAGCGUAUCAAUCAGUUAGAAGAACAAUUAAAAGAAUCCACUUUUAUGGCAGAAGAUGCGGAUCGAAAAUACGAUGAGGCAGCUCGUAAGUUGGCUAUCACCGAGGUGGAAUUGGAACGAGCUGAAUCCCGGUUGGAAGCUGCCGAAAGCAAAAUUACUGAACUCGAAGAGGAGUUACGCAUUGUUGGUAAUAAUGUAAAAUCCUUGGAGAUAUCUGAACAAGAGGCCGCCCAACGUGAAGAAGCCUAUGAGGAGAAUAUCCGUGAUCUAACUGAGCGUCUAAAAGCUGCUGAAGAUCGUGCCCAAGAAUCCGAACGACUUGUCAACACUCUACAAGCUGAUGCGGAUCGUCUUGAAGAUGAUUUGGUUACUGAGAAAGAGAAAUACAAGGCACUCAGUGAAGAAUUGGAUUCCACGUUUGCAGAGCUUACUGGGAAUUAGUUGUUGGUCCAUUGGAAUGGUGAACUGUCUAAACUCCCAAUUUAUUCCCCGAUUAAUACACAAAUACCUAUAUAUAUACGUAUUAAUAACACUAAAAUAUGUAUGCUUAAUGAUAACCGAUUCCUCUUUAAUAUUAUUAUUACUAUUACUUCUAAUAUUACUUCUCUCUUCUAUUCCCUAUGACUCUGACUACUAUAAUUAUUAUUAUUGUUGUUAUUAUGUGAGUGCGCCAUGAUUUAUACAAUUGAACCAGAAAUUAUUAUUAGUCCUAUUAUCGGCUUGACUCACCGUCACUUUGUGACUGAUGCCAUUGUCUUCGCCUGAUAUAUAUAUCUGUCAUGCAUACAAGAAUGCCCUGACGACGAUGGUGCUGCUGGAAAUUGUCGACUUCGUCAACUCAACAUAGAGAGAUGUGUGUCUGUUAGUAGCUUGUUUGUGUGUAGGAUGAAAAUCUUUAGUGACGAAUAAUUUUAUUUCCCAAUGUAUGAAAGAGAUGUUUUUUUGGUCGGUCGGUCGGUCGGUUGGUUGAUUGAUUCUUCUCUUCUUAUCGUCACUUUCACCUCCCCACUCCUUCAAACUAGAUUCCUUAUUGAUUAGAACCUUGUUCUCCUUUCAAUGUCUGGGUGCACAUACACGCACUCACACACAAAUUUAUGCAAAUAUAAUAUAUCAUUUAAAAUAUAUAUAUUGAUCUUUUGG